UCGAGCGGCGCUGCUUUUGAAAGAGACGCCGGGACACUCUUGCGCUGCCUUGUCCGGCGGGGGGCUGUGUAUGGGGGGAGGCUCUUCGCGGCCGGUUUAGUCCCCCGGGCCCUCCCUGAUUCGGGAGCUUUGAGGCGCUUAGGAGGCGGAGGUGAAGGGGCUACUUCUUCAGUGUUCUUGGUUCAUUUCUAGAAAAUCUAAAAUGACAUCCAAAGCCACCAGUGAGACAAGUGUCAGCAAAUGGAAGCUAAAGUCUGGAGAUUCAAAAUCUGAAACCGAGUUGCAGAUAUAUAAGAAGGAGAAUGCAGCCCUGAAGAAGUCGUUGGAAGAAAUGAUUAAGGGCAAAAGCAAAAUGACACCUGAAGAAAGAAAAAGGCUUUUGGAGAAAAUACUUGCCCUUGAGAUGGAAAAUGAAAAAUACCACAUUAUUCUUGGGGGGAAAGAUAAAGAAAUCCAACACCUAAAAGACGAGCUGAAAAAAAGAAGCAAAACUGGAGAGCUUACCAGCCUCCAUAGCCGACUGGAAGAAACAACAAAGGAAGUGGCAAAGAAAGAACAGCAGCUCACUUCUCUCUUGCGAGAAAUGGAUCGUCUGAAAAACGAGUUAGCUCCAAAGUGCUCAGAGCUUGAAAACAGAGACAGAACUGUUCAGGUUUCCCAGGAAACUGUUGCUGUCUUCUCUGGAUCACAAAGAAGUGUGAAUGAAGUUGAAAUCCAACUCAAAGAUGCUUUGGAGAAAAACCACCAGUGGCUGAUAUAUGACCAGCAACGUGAGGCCUAUGUGCAGGGCCUCUUGGCAAGGAUCUUUGAACUGGAGCAGCAGUUCAAAACUAUUAUCCAGCAGGAAGUCAAAGAAACCCAGACAGAAGAAGAACAGCAGAUAAAUUAUGAUCAGCUGUUGGUAGCUACCAGACAUGAUCUUGAGAUAGAAAGACUUGCUGUAGCACAGCUGCAUUCUGAGCUUAAUGCAUUCAAAAGGAAGCAUGACGAAACCCAGCGAGAGAUGAUGCACUUAAAUGUACUGAAGUCAGAACAUCAAACGAACAUGCAGACUCUUCAGGAUGAAAACCAUUUCAAAGAAGAGAUAAUACAGAGGCUUACACAUGAAAGCCAAUUAACCAGAGAAAAGCUUGAAGAAGAAAGGAAAAGGACAGAAGCACUCGUAUCGCAGGUUGAAUUGCUUCACAAAUCUCUCUUAAAGCAGCAAGAGGAACACUCCAGGAUAGCAGCUUUGGAACAGCAGGUCCAGGCAUGUACAUCAGACUUUGAGAAUGAAAAGGUUGAUCGUCAGAACUUGCAGCAUCAGUUGCAUAAGCUCCUUAAGGAGCUACGCAAAGCAAGAGAGCAGAUCACACGUCUUGAGCCUGCGAAGCUCCCAGAACAUGCAUGUAUAGAAGUCCUGCACAAUUUCCAGACUGCCUUUGAAGACAAGCUGGUAAUACAAGACGAGUGUUCUUCACCAAAGCGUUCAAAUCUUCUUGAUGAAAGUUUCCUGGAAUGUCCCAAAUGUAAAGCACUAUAUCCAACAAGCCAGCACAGGGAGUUAUUAGCCCAUAUUGAUUUCUGUGCAGAUUAAAAUCUGUAGGUAUUUUUAUUGUACCCAGCUAUUUAAACUAAAAAAUAAUGGUGUUUAAAAAUAGCUGAUGAGGGCUGCAUUCAGACACCAUGUGAAGUCAACAUUAUGCACAUACCGGCUUGAUCCUGGGUUUGUGUUCAUACUUUGCUUUCUGGCCUCGCGCAUUUGCUUUGUUUCUGCCUCCUCUCAACCCUCCUUUUGUACAAGAAGGGAGGGGAUGAGACAGGAGCAAUCGGGUUUGUGCAUAAUGCUGGCUUAAUGUGGCCUCCAAUGCAGACAGAUUAUAAAAGACUACUGUUUUACAUAUGAAAUAAAACAAUGUACAGAACAUUAAUUUUUUUAAUGAAUAAAACUGGUCUUUGCAGUUAUCCCAGAAGCAGCAAACAAAUAUGUAUUUCAGACCUUCUAUCUUAAUAUUCUAACUACUGAUUGUAUUUGCACUGUGUACAGACUAGAGCAGUAGAAAUGUUCAGUUUACUUGACUUAUUUUGCAUGGCCUUCUAAAUGGUCAAGAAAAAGCCUAUGAAAUACUUUUAUUUCAGUCUGAGAAUGUCUAAUUUUAAUUGAUUGGAAUAAUAUAUAACUUCUUCAACCUGUCUCCAAAACACUUUUUCACUAUUUUAAUAUCUUGAGACAUUCCAGAAUUUGCAGAAAAAGAAAUAUGUCUAUUGUGAUUGCUUUGGAGGGUGUAGUCUCUUCUCAAGCACAAGAAAAGCAGACAAUUUAGUGAGCAGUCCAUCGUCCAGCUUCCAUUAAACGCUGUAUGUGUGAGUGCCCAAAAAUCAGUGAACCCAAACAUCAGUGCAUCAGGAUGCCUCUCCCUUUGAAACACACUCCUCUUAGCAUUCUGGUAUCCCACAGCUAAAAGCAAGGGAUGUAAUACAGCAGGAAGCCUAUUUUAAAAGCUAUUUCCUUAUAAGCAAUGAAAUAAAAUGAAACUGGCUUUGCCAGCU